AACGAUUUGGAGUAGAUUCGUUAGCGGCAUUCUACCCGCAGGCUUGAACGAGUAGUGAUCGUGUCUAAAGUCUGCUAGAGUUCGGGGUUUUAAAGACCGUAUUUUCGUAUUUUCAUUUUGGGAGUUGAGUUUGAAUCUUGAGUAUGUUCAAAUCGCCACUCGCCCUAUUUUUUAUCUAAAGAAUUUUCAACACGAAAAACGUAAUCGUAAGUUCAACUUUUGCAACGAAGAUCAUAUGUUUGUACAUCAAGCAUUUAUAGAAUAUCUGCGAGAUUUAGUCUAUCUUAAAUAACAACAACAUAGAUUUAAUUUUAUCUUUACAGGGAACCUGUCUAAUAUUAAAGCAUUAGUCCAAAUAUUUCUACAGGAUAAUGGCUAUGCAUCAGACCGGCCGAGUUAUAGGAGCCCUCGUGGCCACACUUAUGAGUCUGGCGUCUGUGAACGGUACCGUGUUCCUGGGAAGCUGCCCCAACCAACCCGUUGCCACCAGCUUCGACACGACUUCGUUCGUUGGAGACUGGUACGAGUACAGCUCGUACGUCGGCUUAGGGCAGGUCGCGUUCCGGUGUCCUAAGGAGAAGUACUCGAUAAUAAUUCCUGGACGCUUCAACGUCGAGCAAGAACGUAUCAUUUUGGGCGUCAAAAACACAGUGAAGGGUCAAAUGAAGUUUGCAGACCCAAAGAAUUUGGAAGCGAAGCUCUCCAUCUCUUUCGUUGAAGGCGCAUUCGACGGCCGCUGGACAGAAGUAACGCCCCCCAACUACAAUGUGCUGAAGGCCGACCCGGCCUUCAUCAUCGUCUGGGACUGCACGAACCUCGUCGCCAUCCACUUCCCAACUCUGCGUAUCCUGACCAGACAGCCAAACCCGCCCCAGUUCGUCAUCGACGAAAUCUACAAAGAACUUGAAGAUCGCGGCAUCAGCACCGGCUUGCUCCUAAAGAAUUCUCUAGACGAUUGUUCUUAAUUCCUAAGUUCUAAAAUGAACAAAAUUCUUGGCCCUGGAACUGAUUAAUUACUGAAUUAAAUUCAUACCUUAACGCUGAUACUUUUCUAACUUUCCUUACAGGCCUUUGUUUCAAGAUUUAACCUUAACGAUGUAACAUUUCUUCACUAUUUAUCUACUGAUUAACUUUUGAAGGUUAACGCUGUCAUGUUUCAAGGUUUUAUAUGUAAUUUUGUUAAUUAAAAUAAUACAUUUUCGCGGUGAGCCCUUCAUUUUAAACAUCAUGUGGUAACUGAAUAAAUUCAAAUCCUUAAUAAAAUUUCACGAGCGUUUUCUUCAAAUUUUUUACAUGUAACGCCAACCAGGAAUCUGACGUUUAAACAACGUUGAUAAGAAGUUGCUACAACGUCAUUUGUCUGGAAUUAUCGUUGUCAUCUGCUACAAUGUUCAAAAUUUAUUCCUGAUGGAUCGUACGGGUGUUUUCUAUUUUUAUUCGAGAUUUUUUAAUUGAUAAAGUUGAUGAAUUAUGUACUAUAUACCAAGUUUAAAAACAAAAAUGUUAUUCAAUGUUCACGUGAAGAAUUUUAAACUAUGACUGUUCGUAUACAUAUUCUCUUAGCAAAAAAAAUUCUUAUUUCCUCAGUAUUGGGCAGACAAUUUAAUUGUAAUCUGCUUGACGUACGGAUUGCAGUGAGGUUGUGAAGGAUUGCCUAUCUAUUUUGUUUUACUGCAUUCUCAAAUAUCUAACUUCGUUGCAAGGCUUCCUAUCUUUUCCUUUUUAACCAGAACAGUUGGUUUGAUUUAAUCAGAGAAAUUAAUUUUACUCGACAUUUUUUAGUCCGAUUGUUGCUUAUUGUCUCGUACGUCUUUAAUUUUGUUGGUUAUUGUGUGUAAAAUUUUUAACAAUUAAAAGUGUGCUGCGUUU